UUUGCCCAACCGGUCUACAUGUGCUUUGUGGACCUGGAAAAGGCAUUCGACCGUGUCCCUUGCGGUGUCCUGUGGGGGGUGCUCCGGGAGUAUGGGAUUGUUGGCGCGCUACUACGUGCCAUUCGGUCCUUGUACAAUCGGAGCAGGUGCCUGGUUCGCAUUGCCAGCAGUAAGUCAAGCCCGUUUCCGGUGAACGUUGGCCUCCACCAAGGCUGCCCUUUGUCACCGAUUCUGUUCAUAAUUUUCAUAAUUUUCAUGGACAGAAUUUCUAGGCGCAGCCAAGGUGUCGAGGGAGUCCAGUUCGGGGGCCUUAGGAUCUCGUCUCUGCUAUUUGCGGAUGACGUGGUCCUGAUGGCCUCAUCGGGCUGCAGCGUUUACUGGGACGGUUUGCAUCUGAGUGUGAAGCUUCUGGGAUGAGACUCAGCACCUCCAAAUCUGAGGCCAUGUUUCUCAGUCGGAAAAGGGUGGAUUGCUCUCUCCGGGUUGGGAAUGAGGUCCUGCCCCAGGUGGAGGAGUUCAAGUAUCUCGGGGUCUUGUUCUUGAGUGAGGGAAGGUUGGAGCGUGAGGUCGAUAGGCGGAUUGGCGCAGCGUCUGCCGUAAUGCGGUCGCUGUACCAGACUGUCGUGGUAAAGAGAGAGCUGAGCCGGAAGGCAAAGCUCUCAGUUUACCGUUCGAUCUAUGUUCCUACCCUCACCUAUGGUCAUGAGAUUUGGGUCAUGACCGAAAGAACGAGAUCGCGGAUACAAGCGGCUGAAAUUAGUUUUCUUCGUAGGGUGGCGGGACUCACCCUAAGAGAUAGGGUGAGGAGCUCGGUCAUCCGGGAGGAGCUCAGACUAGAGCCGCUGCUCCUUCACAUCGAGAGGAGCCAGCUGAGGUGGCUCGGGCAUCUAGUCCGGAUGCCUCCCGGACGCCUCCCUAGUGAGGUGUUUCGGGCAUGCCCAACCGGGAGAAUGCCCCGGGGAAGACCUCGGACACGCUGGAGGGAUUAUGUCUCACAUCUGGCCUGGGAACGCCUUGGUGUCCUCCCGGCGGAGCUGGAGGAGGUAGUCGGGGAACGGGAAGUCUAGGCUUCCCUACUAAGACUGCUGCCCUCGUGACCCGGACCCGGAUAAGCGGAGGAAAAUGGAAUGGAAUGGAUUUAACACAAAGAAGCAGAACACCAGUGUUGCCACAAGUUUGUUGUGUUCUUUGCUUUGCUGGUGCUGGAGUCCUGAGUCCUCACAGCUUCAUAGUCCAAGUGAGGAGAUGAGAAAGGCAGAGCCACAGCCCCCCUCUGUUAAAGAGGAAGAGGAGGAGCCACAGCCCCCCUCUGUUAAAGAGGAAGAGGAGGAGCCACAGCCCCCCUCUGUUAAAGAGGAAGAGGAGGAGCCACAGUCCCCCUCUGUUAAAGAGGAAGAGGAGGAGCCACAGCCCCCCUAUAUUAAAGAGGAGGAGGAAGAACUCUCGAUCACUCAGGACAAAGAGCAUCUUCUAAGACCAGACGAGGAUGAUCUCACCAGGUUGCCACUGACUGGUGUCUCUGUGAAGACCGAAGACCAUGAAGACAAACCACCUGAGUCCUCACAGCUUCAUCAUAGUCCAAGUGAGGAGAUGAGAGAGGCGGUGCCUUCAUGCGGCAGCUCACUGCAACACAUGACAACAGAAGCUGAUGGAGACCACCUCUUCGCUCCACUGUCAGAUAGUGACGACACAACGUCACACUCUCCUGAAGAUGAAGACAGCAACUACAACCAAGAAUCUCUGAGCAGCGAUACAGACUGUGAAGGUGAUUUGACGACUCACACUGGCAACAAACACUCUGAAAGCUCUAAAAAGAAGACAGAGACCAGUCAGGCCAUACCAGACGCCACUGCUACCACAGCCCAGGCAGGGGCAGCUGCUGAUGAAGACUUUGAUGAUGAGCCCGAGGAGGUCUUGACACAGGACCAGCCUGACAAUGAGGAGCAACCCCCAGGUGAUGACCAACCUGAGAAGGGCCGUGCUGCUGGUGCUGAAGACUCUGUCUCUCAGCACCCACACUUGGAGAGGGACGAUGAACAGCGUCAGCCUCAGAAGAAGUCUCGCCGCAAGGCCCUCCUGCUCGACAAUGACACUCAGGAGCAACUCUUCGAGUGGGUCCGGGAGCACGAACUUUUGUGGAGGAAGGGGGCCACCGACUACAAGAAUACAAAGAAGAAGACGGAGCUUUGGACCAGGAAGGCAAGAGAGCUGGACAUUGAGGAGGGAGCUAAAGCUCUCAGGACAUGGUGGAAGUCAGUCCGGGACCUCUACACUAAGCUUCUCUCCAAGAAGUCUGGCCAGGCUGCACCGAACUUGACAGACAGAGAACUGUUCGUCCAGAGGAACUGCGCCUUUCUACACAAGGAGGUGAAGCCCAGGAAAGGUCAGCCACUUAGAAGCAUACCCCUCACACAGGAACCUGUAGCCAGCCAGCCUCCAGCAGCUCAGCCCUCGGCGUCGGCCAGCACCUCUCGCCAGCCUUCCCGCGACGUCGAGGAACAGGAAGAGGACGAGGGCUCACUCUCGCUCAUUGAAACUCAAGCGGCAGUCACGAGGUCCAUGGGCACCCCCUCACCAGCUCCCUCCUCCACCACCACCAGACCACGCCGUGCCGCCACCAGAGCUGAGCCUGAAGACUCCCCUGCGAUGCUGGAGAUAAGGGAUUGUAUGAAGGCCACCAACGCCCUCAUGGAGAGACUGGUCCAAGCCCAAGAGAUCAGCCAUGCAAGGCAGCCCUUCAUCACGUACAUGUCCCAGUCUCUCCAACGACUACCUGAGGCCCAGUACCAGCUCACAGUGGAGAGAAUGACGGCCAUCCUCCACGAGAUGCAGCAACCCAUCCCCCACCCCCUUCCUCCAGCUCCACCACGUCCAGCAUCAGUACUUUCACCCACACUCGCAUUCUACCAGCAGCCGCAUUACUUCCAGCCCCAGCCUCAGCAUCACGGCUUCCAGCAGGAGCCUCUCGACUUCCAGCAACAGUCUCAGCCUCAGCAUCAGCCUCAGCACGUCCAGCAAUUGACACCCAGAGUCAGCCAGCCAUCCUCCACCCCAAGGAGCUCCAACGAAGGACUCAUGUUGUCAGACAUGCCGAACUUUUCCUCCAUUAACCACACCAACAUGAGCGCUGUCAGCGAGGGGGGGAUUCUCCAGGACCUCCAGAGGCAGGAGAUGAACGCUCCACCCAUACCAAUCACCACCUCACCACCACUACUUGCAGAGAUGAGGGCCACCACCGAGGAGAAUUGAGACUGCUUGUGAUGUGUUGAAGGGACUGCUCAGACAUUUCAUGUGAUUUUUGUUUAAGGGAUGAGCUGGUCAGCUGUUUUGAUGUUUCCUGUUUGUUUGCAUGUGCACUUGUGUGUUUGGGUGGUCUGUAGUAAACUGCAUUUUUAUUAAACUA